UGGGCAAGCGCUGCCGCUGGGCCUCCGGGAGGAGCCCGAGAGGUAGGGCACUGAGGGCACCACUUGUGAGAUCCCGCCCCUCUAGCCCUGUGAUCCCGGGACCGCAGGGGUCCGGGCUGGUCGGUGCGGACCACUCUGAAGCAGGCGCUGCCAGCGCUGGUUCUUGUUGAAAAAUGCCAAGACGUCGUCUGUGGAUAAGAGAGGAAACAAGAUUGUUGGGGGCCGUACAAAUAAUGACUGGUCUGAAUAUUCAUGGCGUGGGAUUGAUCUGGACAUAUUUGUUUCUCUCACAAACUUCUGCAUUUGGAAAAUCAUAUAUUCCCCUCUCAGCAGCAACAGGAUACCCAUAUUGGUCAUCUGCAUGUUUUAUCUUCUCAGGAAUCCUUGCAAUAAUAUUAGAGAGGAGGCGUUCAACGUUCUUGCUAUCCUAUACCAUAAUAGUGAACAUUCUGAGUGCCUGCAUUGCCGUGCUUGGUCUGCUUUUACUAUCACUUGAGUUUAUCAUAUAUACUUUGAGUACACGAGCUCCUAUUUGGCCAGAGUGUUCAUAUUAG